AUGCCUCUCCAGAUCCCCAUUGAUGCGAUUACCUCGCGCUUCGGCGAACGGUUCAACAGCGUUCGCUCUCAAUCCCUCGGCACGCGCUUUGCCAACCUGCGUCCCAUCUCCGAAUUCCUGGACAUCAAGCGUGUCUCCAAGCCCGCCCAUUUUGGCGAGGUCCAGAGCCGUGUGAACUACAAUCUGUCCUACUUCUCUAGCAAUUAUGCCGCCGUCUUCGUGAUGCUCAGCAUCUACAGCUUGCUGACCAACCCCCUGUUGCUCUUUGUCAUCAUCCUGGUCACCGGUGGUCUCUACGGCAUCGGAAAGCUCCAGGGUCAUGACCUGGAAUUGGGCUUCGCCCGGUUCAACACUUCCCAGCUGUACACCGGACUGCUAAUUGUCGCGGUGCCUCUGGGAUUCUGGGCCUCGCCCAUCUCCACUGUGCUCUGGCUGAUCGGAGCCACCGGCGUGACUGUCUUCGGCCACGCCGCUUUUAUGGAUAAACCAAUCGAGAAUGCUUUUUCCGAGGAGGCGGUCUAG